GAGAGCCAUCCGGCACGUACAGUUACUGUACAGUUACAGAACAAUUGCUGUAUAUGCAGUCAAGUCCACUCCUGUCAGGGACACUAGUUCCACCGACCUGAUCAGCAAACUACGAUGGACCUCUUCGAGUUUGACUUUUUCAGAGACUGGGAAUUGGAACAGUCGUGUCACUACGAACAGGAUCGGAAUGCACUGCGAAGGAAAGAAUGGGAGAGACGGAACCAAGAAGUCAAUCAAGAUGAGGAUCUGUUUGCUUCGAGUUUUAAUCUUUUCAGUGAGCCCUACAAGUUUUCUAUGCCAUCUAAUUUCUUUCAGACCAACAAGGGUGAUGCUCUUUCAAACCGUGUGCAGAGCACAUUAGGGAACUAUGACGAAAUGAAGGAUCUGCUAACGAAUCGUUCGAACCAGAGUCAUCUUGUAGGAAUCCCCAAGUCUAUGAUUCCGCAGACUCCUGUUGAGAAAAUGGAGCAGAGUUUCUUCGCAGAACCAAGGACCAAAGUGGCUCAGUCCCACCAGAGUAACAGUCUUUCUUCGUCAUGCAUGCCUCCCCCUUCCUCUUCGAUGCCCUCAAGCUCUUCGCUUUUACACGGACACCAGAGUAACAAGAAAUCCAGACUGGACUGGUCUCGCAAUGGUCAUCCCUCUGGAGGUGGACACGGAGUACAGGCUAACAGCCAACCCAACAGUCAGCAGAGCAGAGUGAAGCAUACAGCGACGCUCGAACAAGCUCAGGACAGAUACAAUGAACCGUACUGUAGUCAGACUGAACUGCACAAAGGCGAUCACCAGCCUGACGUGGAUGAAUGUGUUAAAUCCCAAUCAUCCAGUCCUAAUGCUUCACGUUCCAAGCGACACAGUCACUCCAAGCCUGUCACUGGAGAUCAUUCCUUUAAAGACAGCUGCCAUGUAAAAUCUCCUGUUGAAACCGAUGCUACUACUACUCAUGCUUGUGGAUCUCCCGCCCCCUCCACAUCCCUGAUACCGAGUGGCAGUUCGCUCUCUGCUCAGAAUUUCCCUCCAGGACUCCAUUCUAAGUCAAGCAUGGUACAGCAGAAGCCGACUGCCUAUGUGAGACCCAUGGAUGGCCAAGAUCAAGCCCCCUUUGAAUCACCUGAGCUCAAGCCGCUGAUGGAAAUUGAGGAUGCCUUUAGCAGCCAAUCCUUUGGAAGCCUUCUGGACGGAAAAGCUAGCACGGCAAGCACCAAGUGCAAGUUGCCAAAGCUGACAAUUCCUCAGCCUGGGGAGGUCAGCCUUUCGAACGAGACCAGCUGUGUGGAAGAAAUAUUACGGGAGAUGACCCAUUCUUGGCCUCCUCCACUGACGGCUAUACACACUCCUGGUAAAGCUGAGCCAACCAAGUUCCCAAUCCCAACGAAGGACUCCCAGCAUCUGACCUCGGGAUACAAUGGGCAAAAGCGCUGCGACGUUCAAGGGAAGCCUCCGACAAAGUCAGCUCCGCAGAAAUCGAUGCUGGAGGAUGACCUGAAGCUCAGUAGUGACGAGGAUGAUGGUGAACAGGCAGAGAAAACUAAGAUUCGACCCAUUCCUGUCAACACUAUUGCUUUGCAGAAUUCCCACAGCACAGGGUCAGGGCAUUCCAGUGGUGGAUCGAGCAGCUCCAGUGAAUCCGGGAGCAGUUCUGAAUCCGAUUCAGACAGUGAAAGCAGCUCCAGUGAUAGUGAGUGCAAUAAAGCUUCACGCAAUGCAACGCCAGAGCCUGAACCACCUUCUACCAACAAGUGGCAGUUGGAUAAAUGGUUAAAUAAAGUAAAUUCUCACAACAAAGCAAUUAUAAGCAAUCAAACUGAGUGCCAUGGGUUGAAUGAUUCUCAGUCUCAAGGCAACCAACAAAAUGAAGGACAGAGCAAAGGUAAACAGACUGGUCCACUGCCUCAGCCAGAUUCCAAAGAGCGGGUUUUGCUGAGCCCCAUCAGGGAGAAAGCUAAACUGAGGACUGCUCAGAAACCCCCCGAAGGAAAAAGUGUGAAGCAAAAGUCACCGGCACACAAUGAACCAGCUCCGCAGAGAAAAAACACUGGCAAAAAGCAACCCAGGAGAGUUGAGCGGACAUCCAGUGUGGAGGAUUAUAACUGGACCAAACCAAAUAACCCCAGCAGCACUCCCAAAGAAAAGGAAAGUCGAGGAGCCUCUUCAGAACAACCCAAAGCAAAAGCAAAAGCAACCAGUAGCAAAACAGGGCCUCGGAAAGAGCCAAGGACUAACACAGGGCCUGCUGCUGACAAGAAAAAAAACAGGGGGCCGAGUAAGAUUGUGCCUAAAUCUAAAGAGUUUGUGGAAACGGAUUCAUCGGAUUCUCACACAGACCAAGAAGAAAUUGUUCCAGUGAAAAUUUCCACACCUUCCACUGUGACUGCCAGUUUGCUCAAACCUAAGGAAUGUGGUAACCUCAGUAACUUUGCAAGUACCUUUAUAAGCAACACUUCCAUUGACCAAGCCACUAAUGACUUAGAAGAACAAUCAUUUUCACCUAUUCCACUACCACAAACUGAACUUCUUUCCCCACUGAGAGACUAUGAAGAGAUCAAAUCCCUCUGGGUAAAAUUAGACCUGAGCCUUUUGUCCAGGAUCCCUGGCCAAACACCAGUGGAAGCUGCCUCAACCAAGCCAGAGGACAGACAGCCCAUCAGUAAACACAGCUGUCAGUCCCCUACACCAGUUACAGAUAAAAGCAGCACUAAAACAAAACGGAAACACAAGUGUGAAAAUACAGAAGCACUGUGUGACAGCAAGAAACAACGCCUGGAGAAAGAGACGCCUGCUGUAACUCCAGCACCUACCAGUUGUCCCGUGAUCUCUGGUCAUAAAACCCCAGGCAGCAAAGAAUCAUCAAAGCAGAUGACAAAGAAGGAGAAGAAAUUCCCCCCUCCGCUGUCACCACUUCCAGACGAGCCUUCAUACAAACGAUGGAACAGUGACAAUACUUCCUUAAGUCAGGAGAGCAACAGCAACUCUGCACAAUCCAGUGCCUCGCAGCCCGCUGCAACCUACAAACACCGCAAAUCUGACAGCAAGUCGUCCUGCCAUGCAAAAAAUAGGAUUGAGGUCGAAUUACACGCUGGUUCUUCAAGCAGUAUUCAUGAAAACAGCCAGCAGCCACCAGAUCCCUGGUCAUCGAUAUCGAAUGGCCAUUCAGAGCCGAGAAGGCCAAAAUUAGCUUUUGAUGACACGUCUCACAACGCAGAUUACUACAUGCAAGAGGCUAAGAAGCUGAAGCACAGAGCUGAUGCACUGCUUGAUAAGUUUGGAAAAGCAGUUAAUUAUGCAGAUGCAGCACUAUCAUUCAUUGAAUGUGGAAAUGCUAUGGAGCGUGAUCCAUUAGAGGCGAAAUCCCCCUACACCAUGUACUCUGAGACCGUGGAACUCAUCAGGUAUGCCAUGAGAUUGAAGAAUUUCACUGGGCCAGCAGCCACAGUCGCAGACAAGAAGCUUGCUGUUUUGUGCUACCGAUGCUUAUCGCUUCUCUACUUGAGAAUGUUCAGACUUAAAAAGGACCACGCUUUGAAGUACUCCAGAUCAUUGAUGGAAUAUUUUAAGAGCUCCUCAAAAGCCUCGCAGGCUCCUUCUCCUUGGGGAACAAAUGGAAAAACUACAGGAACAGCAUCUCCCAUGUCUCCAACUCCAUCUCCAGUCAGCUCAGUGGGGUCACACGGGAGCAACAUAAGCACCGCAGGCUCCUCACCAUCCGCAACCAUCAGUAUUCCACAACGAAUUCACCACAUGGCUGCCAGCCACGUAAAUAUCACCAACAACAUCCUCAGGAGCUAUGAGCAUUGGGACACUGCUGACAAGUUGGGCAGGGAGAAUAAAGAGUUCUUUCAUGAGCUGGACACGCUGAUGGGACCAUUAACACAGCACAGCAGUAUGACCGUCUUGGUACGAUACACUCGGCAAGGACUACAUUGGCUCCGGGUAGAAGCCCAUUUGUUAUAGUGACUGUUGUACGCUCCUAUUCAUUUCCAUCUCUACCUCUGCCAGCACACUAACUGUAACUGGUGGAAAUCCUGCCAUUCUGGAGCUCAAAUUCCAGGUGUCGUUUAACCUGUCAGAUGUCUCCUCUUUGCUCUUUGCUGCAGACUUGAAAGUGGUGGUCUACAGCCAGGGUAAAUCCUCCCAAUGGACUUGCAAUCAUUGCAAAACCAAUUUGGUACCUGGCUUUAUCCCACUGUUCCUACUGACCUCUCCAGUCCAGUGGUACUAUCCUGAGGCAUUUCGCAAUGUUGUAAACUGCCUUCGGGCCCAAACUGAUGGAACCAAGGUGGAAAGGAGUGCCUGAAAACAUAGGAAAUGCCUCAUAAGAAGGUACUUAGAGGCUCAAGGUUACUCGUGAACGUCAAAACCCGGGAUGCUCCUUGAAGGAUUAAUUGUUGUGUUUUCUCGCUACUCCUGCAGUCCAGAUUGUGUGAUUAACACGCUGCUUCAAACCGGACUGCUGAAGAAGUCGUACGAAAGACACAAGGUCAAAAAAAAACAAUGUCUGACAUAUGUAAAUGGUCUGAGUCAUUUGACUCUUUAUUUUAUACAUCGUUUUGCUGUUUUUUUUAAAGAAUUGCUAAAAGAACGCUGACGCAAGUUAGAAAUGGAAAAUUGUGCAUUAAAUUGAAGUGCUCUGUGUUUGCUUUUUUUGUGGAGUGAAAACUCAUCAUCUUCAGUGCUGUAUGGUAUGCCUUAGAGAUUUGUGAUCACAAGCACUUUUUUUUUAAAAAAAGAAUAUUUAUUAGGAUGUACGUCCUAACACCUUGGUGGUGUAUGAAGGAUUAAUUCCAUGCCAUUGCACCUGCAUUUAUUUGUAGGAUGACUCUGGAGAUGGGGCAAAGCCCCAAUUUAGCAACGUUACCUUUGAAGGGAAUUUUUAAACGUCCAAGACCCUGUGUGCUGAUAUCAUCAGAAAUGUCCAUCUUCAUCCUUCCAUAUCUGGAGAUUGUUUUUGGUCUUUUCUAAACUAAUUAUUAAAUUUCUGUGGCAAUAUGUUUAAUAUGUACCCACACAUAAGGAAGUAAUUGUCCUGUGUAUGAAAAUUGACUGAUAUUGAAAAUGUAUCAUUUGAUUGGGACAAAGAGAAAGGAAGAUGGUUCCAAAACAACAA